UAACAGAUGAUUGACCCGUUAGCAUGUCAUGUGUUUUAAUUUAGCCAUCUUAAUUUAUAUUUUAUGCAUUCAUGUGACAAUUGUGAUGCAUCAAUCAGCUACUUAAUAAAGACCCGUAAGUUUUGGAUCUUGCUAUAUCCUGUGGGGGGGGGGUUGGUUAACAAUAUAAUUGCAGAAUCACAUUUCUCUGCAAAUAGCAGUAGCAAUAGCAGUAGAAUGAAGAACAAGUACUACCACCUGUUCAUUGUAUUCUUGGGACUCUGCCAUUAUUUUCUUUCAGUGAGUGCUUAUCCUUCUUUACAUGAAGAUGACGACAGACUCAUGUAUGAUUACUCUGCUUAUACUGAGUGCAAAUCAUGGCCAGAAGAUCCACUAUACAAUGGCGGUAUCAUCAAGGAAUUUCAGAUUUUGGGGUCUUGGAGCAAAAAUCAAUCCAGAAUCCCAGUAAAUUCCCCUGCAUUUGUUUUAAAAAAUCUCACCGGCAACACAAUCUACUGUUUUUCCAGUUGGGUUAGAAUAAAAGGCGCAGCUUCGGCAGUGAUACAAGCCAGCUUGACAUCAGAUAACACGACGUUCACUUGCAUGGGGACUGUUACAGCCAGGAGAGGUUGCUGGUCCUUUCUUAAGGGUGGCUUUGUUCUUGAUUCGCCUUUAACCGGCGAUACCUACAUAUAUUUCAAGAAUUCAGAUGGGAAAAACUUAAAUGUGUCCAUCUCUGGUGGAUCUCUACAGCCAUUCACCCCUCAGCAAUGGAAAGCAAACCAACAAAGCCUGAUAAACACCGAAAGAAAACGUGAAGUCACGCUGCAUGUAUCUGAUGAAGAUGGAAACAGGCUACCAGGAGCUACAGUUAUUGUGGAGCAAGUUUCCAAGGAUUUCCCAUUCGGAUCUGCCAUAGCAGACACAAUAUUAGGAAAUGAACCGUACCAGAAAUGGUUUGUCGAGAGAUUCAAUGCGGCAGUGUUCGAAAAUGAACUGAAAUGGUACGCAACAGAAGGCAAACCUGGACAGGUCAACUACACAAUUCCAGAUCAAAUGUUAGCGUUUGUUCGGAGGAAUCAGAUGGUUGCGCGGGGGCACAACAUUUUCUGGGAGAACCCCAGAUUCAAUCCUUCAUGGGUUCGUAACCUGACAGCUACCCAGCUGAAAUCUGCUGUCAAUUCCAGGAUCGAAAGCUUGAUGACUAAUUACAGAAAUGAAUUCAUCCACUGGGACGUCGACAACGAAAUGCUCCACUUCGAUUUCUACGAGGACAAGCUUGGUCCCAACGCCAGUUUAGAAUUUUUCCUGACAGCCCAGAAAUCAGAUCCCUCGGCUCGGCUGUUCAUGAAUGAAUACAACGUCCUGGAGACUUGUGAUGACAUGAGGUCUACAGUGGAUCAGUACGUCUCAAGAUUGAAAGAACUUGAAGCCGGUGGCGUGACGAUGGAUGGGAUUGGACUGCAAGCACACUUCACAGUACCAAACCCUCCAUUAAUUAGGGCAAUGCUGGAUAAAUUGGGGACACUGAAGCUUCCCAUCUGGCUGACUGAAUUGGACAUCCAAAACACCUUCGAUCAGGAGACGCAGGCCAAAUACCUGGAAGUGGCGCUGAGGGAAGGUUUCUCGCACCCGUCGGUCAAUGGGAUCAUGCUUUGGACAGCAUUGCAUCCCCAAGGAUGCUACAGGAUGUGUCUGACGGAUAACAAUUUCCACAAUCUUCCAGCAGGUGAUGUGGUGGACUCGCUGCUGAAAGAAUGGCGUACUGGGACACUAGAGAGGGGAACAGAUGAACACGGCGUCGUUUACUUUUCAGGUUACUUAGGAGAACACAGAGUCACCGCCAGCUAUGCCAACAGAACCACUAUUUCAACCUUCUCUUUGUCCCCAGACGAUGAAACCAAACACUGGAACAUCCAUCUCUAAUUUCUAUUGUUGAACGCAUGCAAAUGUUUGACUUUGACUUUAACUUUGAUGAUGUACCCUAAUUAAAGUCCACUAACAAGUAACAACCCAUGCGGUACAAACUUGAUCGUCGUGUCAUGUCUUGAUGGAAUUGGAAUCCCACUAUUAUCGUCG